AUGGCGAAUCUGACGCGUUUGGUGCUGGGAAUUUGUUUGCUGCUGCUGGCGUUCGAAACGUGCCCCGUUUUAUCCGAUUCGGAAGAACCACAAACCGAGGACGAUCAGGAGACCGUGACCGAAGAAACGCAGGAACCCACCGCGGCACCGGAAGGCGAAGCGACUGAGCAGGAGGACCAAAACGAGGGCGUUUCGAACGGGAACCUGUUGUCGCAAGCAUCGAUGGUGAACAUCUUCGUCGCACCGAGCGCCUGCAAACCGGGCUACCGUGUCGAUCAUAAGGGCAAGUGUCGGCCCGCGCUGUAGAGGAUUCUGUUCGAUGCUCCCAUAGUGUGUCCGGAUGGAACCGUGUUAGAUCGCAAUGGCGUGUGUCGGCGACAAAUGGGAUGACACUAUAAAAUCUUGUUUUUACGUUGGCAUUCUUUCAUUGUAAGAUUUAAUCAAUUUGAAAUAUAAUGGUCGAAAUAUUAGACUGCGAAAUA